AGAAGAAGAAAGAAAGAGGUUGAAAAUAUGGCUUAUGCAGCAAUGAAGCCCUCAAAGGCUGGCUUGGAAGAGCCACUCGAGCAAAUUCACAAGAUCAGGAUUACUCUCUCCUCAAAGAAUGUGAAGAACCUCGAAAAAGUGUGCGCUGAUUUGGUUCGUGGAGCUAAGGACAAGAGACUCCGAACUAAGGGACCAGUGAGAAUGCCCACCAAGGUGCUUAAGAUCACUACCCGAAAAGCUCCUUGUGGUGAAGGUAUGUAUAAUUUCAUUUUACUUGUGUUUAUUAGCCUUGAGAAACUCAAUCCUUUUAAGCAUGAUCUUUCAUCAGUGUGA